AUGUUUGCGUUUGGGACUGGUAGUAUGAGAGGGCCCCGGGCGAAGACCCCUCUGCUGCUGCUGCUGCUGCUGCUGAGCACGCUGACUGGCACAGUGUUGAGCCAAUAUGAAGAUGAUGUCCCUGAGACAGAAGAGGAACAGCCAGCUGAUCCAGAACCAGAACCAGAACCAGAACCAGAACCAGAAGAACCAGGGGAUGGUGAUGAUACAGACAUCUCAGUGACAACACCGCCGGAUGUUGAUGAUGUCACUUCAGCAGUCCCCCCCCCAGACGGUGACAUUUCAGUAUCCACAUUAGGCCCAGAGUUUACAGGUACAUAUCCAACCGAAUUACCCGUAGAGGACGAGGGUUUGAGCUUCAUCAUCAUCGUGAUCCCUGUGGUCCUGGUGGUCGUGAUCAUCGGCAUGAUAGUUUGUGGUAUUUUCAUCAACCGAAGGUGGAACCAGAAAGUGAGAAAUCAAGAGCUGAGAAAAGAGGAUCCUUAUCUGGACGGGUCCAGUACAGAGAAGGUGCCAAUGCCGAUGUUUGAAGAAGACGUGCCCUCUGUGCUGGAGCUGGAAAUGGAAGAGUUGGACCAGUGGAUGAAAAAUGAUGUACAACCUGCAGAUGACUCUAAACUUGCAUGAAUCUGUUAAAGGUUAACAAAGGACACACAGUCACCGAAGCAUUGAUGCCAACUUGGAUGUUUUGACCUUUCUACAAUAAUCCAGCAACAUGUGUGACCACAGGAUCCAGUCUGACUGCCAGGAAACAGCAUCACAUCACUUACAGGACACUUUACUAACAUUUCUUUCAUAUUUACAGUAAAAUAAUCACGCUCAAUCACAAGCUUUGUUGCUGCUGAGAGUCUUCAGAGGAUGGCAAUGUGCAACUACUGGACUUUAACUUGUUAAAUAGAGCUUUGAUCAGCGUUGUGCCUGUCAUGUAUCGCUGCUGUCAUGCUUUGUCCAUGGAUGGAUUUUUGAGCAUUUUUCUCCUUCAACGACGCCUACGUACAGAAACACAAAAAGACAAUUUUCUGUGUCUCUGUGUAGUCGUUUUAAGUUUCUUUAUGUUUCUUUUCUGACAAUAAUUUACCAUUUCUGUCUCCGCUACUCCUAUUUACUUCAACUCUGAGAGUCUUUUUUCUCAGACACUGCGUGAGAAAAAUACUGCAAAACAAUUACAUAGAGACUACAUGUGUCUCUAUUUGGUUGUUUUAUGUUUCCUUUAUGAUGCAAAAGAGACUCGCAAUUACAAUCAAAAGUGGCAAAGCAACCACAAAGAGACGCACAAGAGACCAAUAAUAUGUAAAGAAUGUCUAUAAAAGGAGAAAAACUGCCACAAAGAGACAACUAAAACAGCUACAAGACACAGAAUGACAACAAAGAGACUUACAAUGACUAUGAAAAGUGUCAAAACAACCAAAAAAAGACAUAAAAUGACCACAAAGAGAGUCAUGAUGGCUGAAAAAUUUGUAAAAUGACCACAGAGGCACACAAAACAACUACAUAGAGUCUCACAAUGACAACAAAAAGUAGCACAACAACCCUAAAGAGACAUAAAAUGACCUCAAAGAGAUACUAAAUUAACAGACAUAGAAUGACCAUAAAGAUACUUACAAUGACAAAAAAGGGGCAAAACAACCAGAAAGAGACAUAAAAUGUCCAAAAGGAGACACAGAACAACCACAAGAGACUUGGAGCAACUACAAGAGACUCAAAAUGACUACAAAUAGACACAAAGCAACCAAAAAGAGACACAGGAUGACCACAAAGAGACUCACAAUGACUACAAAAAUUAGUAAAACAA